AUGAAUCGAUCAGGUCCAAGGUCUAGAUCACCAAACCCCCCUCCAUCCGCUGCCCCCCAGUCAUUCCGACGACUGAGUUAUAUACCAACAGCUUCUUUACCUCUUGAAAGUAUCCAAAGCAGAAAUGCAAGCCGAAAAGACGUCGAUGUCGGUGAGGCCGAAGAAAAAGGAUUGACAAUUCCUAAACGAAGUUUACAAGUCAGGGUGGUGAAUGUCUCAUCGGAAUUCAUAUUUCUUCCAUCGAGUGGUGAAACAAGUGCUGUUGCAAAGGCUAGUUCACUUCAUUCGCAUUCAUCCAUCAUAUCUUUAUUGAAAGCACAGUCUUCCAUAUCAUCUAUUCAAACUGUUGGUGACUACUCCCGGUAUCCACAAUGGUCCCAAAGAGGAGCCUGCUCGUCCGAAAUUUCUUCAGCACUCCCAGCACUUACCAUUGGCAGUGAUUAUAAGGAAGAACAGUUUGAUGAUAAAUCAAUUCUUCAUGAAGAAGACCCUGAGCGUGGUUUCUCGUUAUAUCCUGAGCAUGGUGGUAUAUCGCUCCAGUACCCGACAAUCAACGAAAUAGAGGAUGACGAUGCCCUCCAUAACCCAAAUUCAAACGAGAGGAUCAGAUAUAGUUACAAAAGGAUACUUAUGGGAGUUCUGUAUUGCACGGUGUUUAUUUGUGGUGUUUUUAGUUUGUUUAUUGUAUGGCCUGUCCUUACUUAUACCAGGCUUGCACGGGAAGGGAGAUCGGACUCAGGUGGUGAAGAGCAACUUUCCACCAUAAUCUACCCAAUUUUGGGCGCCGCAAGGGCAUUAAUAGACGCUGAUACACCAAAAUAUGCAAUGACACGAGAUUCAGUAAUGGGGGGUGGAAAACUAAAGCUAGUAUUCAGUGAUGAGUUUAAUAAAGAUGGAAGGUCAUUCGACGAAAAUGAAGACCCUUUUUGGCAGGCCAUGGAUUUUCAUUAUGCUUCCACUAAUGAUUUAGAAUGGUAUAAUCCAGAUGCUGUGACAACAAAAGAUGGAACCCUUCGUUUGAGGCUAGACGCAUUCAAAAACCACAACCUUGAUUAUCGGUCUGGAAUGCUUCAGAGCUGGAACAAGCUCUGUUUUAAGGGCGGUGUGUUGGAGGCGUCAGUUUCGCUCCCAGGUCCUGCUGGUGUUCCUGGACUGUGGCCGGGUAUUUGGACCUUGGGUAAUCUUGGUAGGCCCGGAUACAUGUCGACGACUGAUGGGGUAUGGCCAUAUGCAUACGACGAGUGCGAUGCAGGCAUCACUCCAAAUCAGUCGAGCAGCGAUGGUUUAUCAUUUCUUCCAGGUCAAAGGUUUGCAAGGUGUGUCUGUACAGGAGAGGAUCAUCCAAGUCCCGGAACCGGCCGUGGGGCGCCAGAAAUUGAUGUCCUUGAGGCAAGUACUGAUGGGAAGCUAAGACUGGGUAUCAUCACGCAGUCCAACCAAAUUGCGCCGUUUGAUAUUUGGCAUAGGCCUGAUAUAAACUUUCUAGAAAUCAAGGACCCUAUGGUUACUCAGAUGAACGGAUGGAGCGGUGGGCCCUUUCAACAGGCCAUUAGUGGGGUCACCACUUUGAAUAAUGAGUGGUAUGAUGGGAAACAAUUUCAAAAAUAUGCGUUCGAGUAUAGACCAGGAAAACGUAACGGCAAGAUUGCGUGGUUUGUUGGCGACGAAGAAACUUUUAGAAUGACAGGUGAUAUAGUUACAUCUUUGGAGUCGGAGCUCUUUCGUCUAUCUCCCCAUUAA